UUCUGAGGUCAUAUUACACUGCAAGCCUUUUACAGGAGACACAGUGGGAAAGCAAAGGGAGUGUGGCAGAGGAACCAUCACAAGGACCGAGAAGAGUGCUAGGAUCACAGUCAUAGGAGCGGUCCCACUCCGGUCCGAGGAAAGUUUAAGUUACAGUUGGGGUCUUAGUACAGAGUAUGGUUGGUAUAACAGUCUGCAGUGGUCAUGUUACGGUCGAAACAAGAACGAUCAACGGGCAAUGCGAUGACUACAUUUAAAACAUAAAAGCAGUGAUCACACUACUCCGGGAUUGUUUGUAUUACGUUCAAAUUAGCAGUGAGAGACGGUCAACACAGUGAUUGCACACUUGAUCACGGCAGCGCUCCCACUCUUCUCCAUACAGAGGGGCUAUGAGACUGAGAAGGAGAUUUUUUGACAGCCUGUUAAUACUGGUCCUCAACAUCGUCACAAACUAUGCCUGGCUGCUGCCAUCGCCGUGGGGAAUUUCCAUGGAGUCCGUAAACAUGAGGCACUUGCUCAAGUGGCACCGUCAACAGUCUCCUUGCAGUUCUAUCAUCUACUCUGUGCAGUUCCAGGGGGAAUUUGAGCUGAGGAUCAUGAAUGGCAGUUGGGAGGACGCGGAUGGUUGUCAGCAGGUCACGCGGACUGAGUGCGACCUGACCUUUGACCUUGGUUCUGACUCAGACUACAACAUCCGUGUGCGGGCAGAGUGCGGAAGGCGUGUGUCACCGUGGGCUGAGCUCGGGAGGCCCUUCAACAGGAGAGAGACAAUUCUGACAGUGCCAGCUAUGACCGUGACCACCAUGGGUGAUGCCCUUCAGGUGACUUUCAAAGGCCUUCCCCUGAUCGUGGGAGUGACCGUGACUAUCUGGAAGAAAGGCGAGUUGGGCAAGUCCUCCUUGCGUGUGAUCACAGUGCAACAGAAUCUGCUCCACAUCGAUGCCCUGCAGGAGGGAGCAGUGUACUGCGUCAAAGCCCAGGCCCAUCUGGACACACACAGCAAGAGCAGCAGCACUGACACACAGUGUGUCUCCAUCACAGGUGGUGCUUGUACAGGCAGACCAUCUAUGGGAGGAAGGAUGUCAGCGUUGCGCAGCAGCUGAAACCUGGUCCCGACUGAGUCUGAACGCUCCUUGGCGACAACACCAGGCUCCAAAGCAUCGAAGCUGUAAAACAGGAAAUAACAACAACAAAAAUUAGAAGACAUUACAACCUUGCACAACAUCAAUUCACCUCCCAGGAUAUAAUGCAAUGAAAAUGAUAUUCACCUGAAGUGCUGGUACUGCUUGAUCUGAGCUUUCCACCAAAGUAUUUGUGUCCUGGGUGGCGUCCUGGUAAUACUAUUGCAUUAUCCUCUGCGUAGUUGUUGAUGAAGUUCACAACUCGCUGCAUGUCCUCAUGCUUCAGGUGUAACCUGUGCUUGCUUGGGCCAACUCUCUUUUUGAUGGGAGGCAUUAGACCAUUCUCCUUGUAGGACUGGUGGAGGAGAGUCAGGUGUGUACUACUGAUGCUGAAAGACAAAUUCCAGAUACAAAUGUUUUAGCAUUAUUAUACAAUAGAUAGCCGUAAUCACCGUCAGACACACCUGGUUAACUUGAUGGGUGGUCAGCUAGCUAGCUAACAGUAAGCUUUAACUUGGGGUCUUUUGUUUAGACAUGUAGCUAACUAGCUAGCUAGCUAAACGAUGAACCAUAAUCCAAAUCCAUAGAGUACUAGCAAUACAAACCGAUUGUCAUAGCUAGCUAAAGUUAACCAAAUAAGUUCACUGUUAGCUAGUUAACAUUAGGCUAUAACUAGCAAUGUGAAAUGGCAUUCUGAGAUAUCACUACACACAGAUCAUACACAUAAUGUUAGCUUGCAAGCCAGCCAUCUAACAUCAGCUAGCUAGCUAACAGUACGCUUUAACUUGUUCUGUAGCUACUAGCUAGCUAGCUAAACAA